AUGCCCCCUUCCCAAAGAAAGUCCGAAACUCAUCGUGUCAUAUGCCGCUGCCAAAGUCAUGAAUGCUACCGUGGCCGUAUUCUUGAUGCGUACGGAAAACCCCAACCUGGAGUCGAGGUGAACCGUGCAACUUUUGCCGCUCAUCAACUUUCGGAUCAAAAAAGCAAAGCAACUCAAGGUCAUCCCCGACCAACCGAAGAUGCUCAAGUGACACUUUCACAGUCUUUUAGACAACUAGGGCUCAAUGCAUCCCAGUCUUCCCCCUCAGGAUCCGGAAAUCAAUUGCCUGAAAGCCAUAACCAUCGUUCCGAGCCACAGACUGAAGAUAUUAGCACUAUCGAACCAGAGAGUACAGUCGAUUCAGGCUCUACUAAGAUCUGCUCUUUAGCAGAUGGUUUGAAAGACGCUGGCGUCAUUGUGUACGAUUGCAGUAAGACCUUUCAAGUUUUGAAAUAUGGCUUGUAUGCGAUUGGUUAUGAUCAAAGCUGA